UCUCUCUCUCUCUCUCUCUCUCUCUCUCUUUGUCACACACACACACACACACACACACACACACACACACACACACACACAUAUUCCUUACGAUUUUUCAGAGAUUACGAAUAUGUAGAAAACUCUCCAGCGAGCAGAAACAGAAACACGGAAGACCGUGAUCUUCCUCACCUGGCUUCUACUUUCCCACCCUCUCCUUCCCUCCACAGAACGGGAGAGGGAAGGGGCUCCAAUCCCAACCUGGUUGAUGUUUUCUCCUUAGACAUCAAAAGAGAGGUGGAGUGCACAGAUGACCUUGGGACGAACGUUACCGAAAGUAACAACCAUAGGAUUAACUACAACCACCAACUACAUCACUCACAAUCACUUCUUCAUAAGUAUUUCUACCAUAGUUCUCCAUCACUUUCCCCAUGCACACCACAGGCAAGAAUAACAACAACAGCUGCAGCAAUAACAGCAGCUGCAACAACAACAGAUGCAGCAACAACAACAGCUGCAGCAACAACAACAGUAGUAGCAACAACAAUGUCAGCAAAAACAACAACAAUAACAACAAUAACAACACCAGUAACAAAAGAAACAGCAUCAGUAAGAGAAAUACCAGCACCAGCAACAACAAAAACAUUAACAUCAGUAUCACCACUGCCACUAUCACCACCUACAACAACAACAACAAUAGAAACAACAAAAACAGCAUUGUCAGCACCGCCGCCAACAACAACAAUGAAAUCACCAGCAUCGCCAACAACAACAACGCGGCGGCAGAUUUCAAACGACAACGAUAUAGAUUGUCAGGGAUUCAGUGUCAGAGAAGCAAUGGCAAUAUUACAUCCAGAGGAGAAGAAUACUGAAGGAAGUCCCUGUGCUGCCUCUGUCUUGGAUGCCUUACUGGACACAACCAUCAGGGCUGAAUUUACAUCGGCAUGUUCGCACAACCCCACUCCCUCAGGUCUGCAAGCCUUGAGCGAGACUGAGCUCAUCAAACUGGAAGAGCUUGGAGAGGCUAACAAAGGCAUACUGGCACCACUCAGCGAGGAUUACAAUUUUAAGGAUCUCACCAACCCAUCUUUGAUAAACAUAAUCAACCUGACUGAGAUUGUAAUACGACGUCUUAUCAAGAUGGCGAAAAGAAUAAACUCAUUCAAGAAUCUCUGCCAGGAGGACCAGAUUGCACUGCUCAAAGGAGGAUGCACAGAGAUGAUGCUCCUACAUUCUGUCUCUGCCUACGAUCCAGAUAAAGAUUCUUGGAAGAUACAACAAGAUCGCUCCAGGACUAAAGACAUCAAACUGAAAGUACUUAAAGCUGCCACUGGAAAUCUCUACGAAGAGCACAAACGCUUUGCACUGGCCUUCGAUCCCGAUUGGAAAAAGGAUCCCCAUAUCAUAUUUCUCCUGUGUGCCAUUACGCUUUUUAGUCCAAAAAGACAACACAUCAUCCAUACUGAGGCCAUCCGUCAGGAGCAGGGUUCCUAUCUUUAUCUUACACGACGAUAUCUGGAGGUGCGUUACGGCACCUGCUUGGGCCGUUCCACCUACCACCAGCUGUUGCAUCGCCUGGCUCAUCUACACCACCUUAGUGAGGACCACCUUCGUCUCUUUUUGGAAGUUAAUCCAACCCAAGUAGAGCCUUUAUUGAUUGAAAUUUUUGACUUGAAACAAUGGUAAUUUGAUUUAUAUUGCUGGUUUUUGCAAAGAAAAAUUAGUGUGGUGAGCACUGUUUUUGUCAAAUACAAUUAAUUAGUUAUUUUGUUUAUAGUGAUUUAGUGAAGGUGAUGUAAACUAGUUUCACAAGUAACCUCAACUACUGCCCAUAACAAAGUGAUAACUAUCUUAGAUUAGGUACUGCAUAUACUUUGAAAAAGAAAAUAACACAUUUAUAGAUAGGUAAAUAGUACGGUGUAACGGGAUCAUGUCUUAUAAGAUUUUUUUUGCUUGAAACAAUGGUAAUUCAAAAUGUAUUGCUGCUUUUUGCAAAGAAAAAUAGGUAUGGCAAACACUGUUUUUGUCAAACACAAUAAAACGCUAUCUAGAUAAUCA